UAGGCAACCUGAUGUUUUUUCUUUUGAUACUGAUUUAUUGCAUUCAAUAUCAGUUCAUUAUAGCUCGCUUAUUUAAGUGGGUAGGUGGGUGUGGCUGCUUUGUUCAUCCACUGUCACGCCCACACCCACACUCCACCCUUCUCUCCCAUAAGGCAUAUAAAUCUAGGCAUCAUUUUUGCCACACACACCCCUGAACCAAAUAAAAUCUUAAUAUCUGGAAUCGUGCUAUUUUGUUGUGUAUUCUUUCUUUAUCUAUCCUAGUAUAUACAGAUAUAUUUUCUUUCGACAUUUCUUCUCAUUGCCACUAAUUAAUAUUUUCCUUCUUUUUAUAUCGUGUACAAAACUUAUAUCGACUACAGUAGUUUACAUUUCUUGCAGUUUUAGUUUUUUUAAGUUUUGCUGCAUUAUGACUAUGUGAACAUCUAGGGUGAAACUUUAGUGAUGCUGAUUUCAAUCUCUUUAUGAAUUUUCGCAGUUCAACGUGUUACUUGCCAAUAAAUAAUCAUAUUUGCAAGAAUAAACCAAUGUAUCAGUUAGCGAGGACUGUGGGACUCCACAUAUGUUUGGAGUUCAGGAGUCUGUUGUUUCUUCCCUGUUUUACAUGCAUUCUAUUUACUUUUUAUAGACGAAAAAACGUUACCGGUAUUAACUGAAUAUCAACCCGUUCGCAUCUUAGGUCAGAAAAAAAAACAAAUUCCACCAACAUUGACAACACCAUCGUUACCUGAAGAAUCGCAAACAACGGAAGAUUUAAUAAAUAAAGUCUAA